GUUUCUCACAAGUCGUCGUCCGUGAUUGUUCUCAGCAAUUUUUGUCGCUGAUUUUAUUAUUAACAUUUUUUUCUACACGUCCUCAGUUUUUUUUUAAAGUAAAUCUAAACACCGCAAAAAUAUUUGCAAAAAAAAUUCGAUAAAUAUUUACGCAUCAAUUUAAUAAAAAAGAUUGAAAAAUGGCAACAAAAAUCAAGGCUGGUCCAGUUGUCGAUGUGCUCGGUGACGAGAUGACGCGCAUCAUUUGGGACUUGAUCAAGGAAAAGCUCAUCCUGCCCUUCUUGGAUAUUGAUUUGCACAUUUACGACUUGGGCAUCGAGAAUCGCGAUGCGACAAAUGAUCAAGUAACGAUCGAUUGCGCCAACGCCAUCAAGCAGUACAAUGUCGGCAUCAAGUGCGCAACAAUCACGCCCGACGAAAAACGCGUCGAAGAGUUCAAACUGAAGCAAAUGUGGCGUUCGCCUAAUGGAACGAUCCGAAACAUCUUGGGAGGAACUGUUUUCCGUGCGCCAAUUUUGUGCAAAAACAUUCCCCGUUUGGUGCCCGGAUGGGUAAAGCCCAUCGUUAUUGGGCGUCAUGCGCAUGGCGAUCAAUACAAAGCCACGGAUUUCGUCACAAAUGGCGCCGGCACGUUGGAAAUUAGUUUUACGCCCAAAAAUGGCGGCGAUAAGGUCAGUUUUGUCGUGAACGAGUACAAGGGAAGCGGUGUUGCGAUGGCAAUGUACAACACGGACGAGAGUAUUCGUGAUUUUGCUCAUUCCUCGUUCAAGUACGCCCUGAAUUUGAAGUAUCCGUUGUACUUGAGCACGAAAAACACGAUUUUGAAGAAGUACGAUGGGCGUUUCAAGGAUAUUUUCGAGGAAAUUUACAAUGCCGAGUACAAAUCGCAGUUUGAAGCUUUAAAAAUCUGGUAUGAACAUCGUUUAAUCGACGACAUGGUUGCUUAUGCCAUCAAAUCUGACGGCGGAUUUGUCUGGGCAUGCAAAAAUUACGAUGGCGACGUGCAAUCUGACAUCGUGGCGCAAGGUUAUGGCAGUUUGGGUCUCAUGACAUCCGUUCUUGUGUGUCCCGAUGGCAAAACAAUCGAAGCCGAAGCUGCUCACGGUACCGUAACGCGUCAUUAUCGGUUCCAUCAGCAAGGCAAGGAGACAUCUACUAACCCCAUUGCCAGUAUUUUCGCAUGGACUCAAGGUUUGUUGCAUCGCGCAAAACUAGACAACAAUAAUUUGUUGAAGAAUUUCGCCGAAACGCUCGAACGUGUCUGCGUUGAAACGAUUGAAGCUGGAUUUAUGACGAAAGAUUUGGCAAUUUGCAUCAAAGGCAUGAACGGCGUGCAACGAAGCGAUUAUUUGAAUACGUUUGAGUUCAUGGACAAGUUGGCGGAGAACUUGAAACAAGCCUUGGCUGCUCCCGCAUGACUUGAGAACGAGGGGAAAAGUAAAUUAUGACACGAAACGGGCAACGAAGGGAAGAAAAAACUGAAAAUUUAAGCAUUUUUAGCGUUAAUUGGAGUUUUGUGGAUGGGAUUUACUGCUUUUUUUUAUACAAAAUAAUAAAUUUAUUACAAAUAUUUGUUAAAAAAGAUUAAAAUUAUUUUUUUUCUCAAUUUUUUUUUCAAAAAUUUUAAAAAUAUUGAAGCUAAUAGGGUAAAAAUAA